AUGAUAAAGGACCUACAAGUAUACCUGCUUGAAAACAAGAUAGGACAUCUGUAUCAAUUUUUUGAAAGGCUUGGAAUAGACGAGUCACAACUCCUGGCAAAGCUCAAGUACUCUGAUCUUGAAAAGAUUGGAAUUGAGAAUCUGAUUGAAAGACGAAAGGUUUUUGAUGUGAUAAAUGAGAUAAAUCAGGAUAUGUAUAAUGACGAAGUGCAUGAACACAACGUAAGUGCCAGGGAUUCACUUGCUUAUGAUGUGUGUGUAAAUCAAUCAGGAAUGUGUGGAAUUGAUGCCGAGCUUUCGAUUGCUAUGCGAGGUAUUGAAAAGCAAUACGACAAUGCUGAGAAAUUCAAAAGCAAUAAUGAUUGUGUGCAGAGUACAAGCGAUGAUUGUAUUGAAGCAGAUGCCACGGCAUGCACUGCUGAAUCGUCGAGUUAUUUAUUUGAAAAUGGCCAUCAUGAGGUGCUAUUUGGGGAGGGAGUUUCAAUAGAGCAGAAGCUGUUUUCAUGCACAUUUACUGAAAAAGAGCGUGCUAUACAGCAUGAAAAGGCCACGGACAUCGAAAAGGAAUAUUCUAUACUUAGCAUGGCUGAUCCGUGCCUUAUACUGCCUGAUGAAAUCAUGAUGAAUACAGGCAUGCAGAAGGAAAAGAUAGUUGUCUGUGUACGGAAGAAACCAUGCGAUAUCACAAGAUCGGAUAUAGUUGAAGUUGAUGGCCAAGGCAUAACAGUAAACGAAUCUAGGACAAGAAUCGAUUUAACGCCUUAUGUUGAGCAGCAUAGGUUCGAAUUUGAUUACUCAUUUGAUAGCAGCAUAACAAACAUUGGUUUGUAUAGAGAGUGUGUCAAGAGCAUUGUGAGCCAUGUUGUCUCGGGAGGAUUUGGCACAGUCAUAGCAUAUGGACAGACAGGCACGGGAAAGACAUACACAAUGCUCGAGAAAAAUGCCGGGAUGCUUUAUCUAGCAAUGAAGGAUCUUAUUCUUAAGAAGCAGCACGGAACAAUAACCUUUUGUGAAAUAUACAUGGGGCAGGUUUACGACCUUCUUGAUGGCAGCAAGAAAGUCCAUCUGCGAGAGGUCAACGGGGUUGUGCAUCUAUCAAAUUCAAAGGAAGAAGAUUUUAAUGGGUAUGAAAGCGCAAUGAAUAUUAUAGAUAGAGGCAUUGCACUUAGAAAAACAGGAGUUACAGGUGCGAAUUCAAAGUCGUCAAGAUCGCAUGCAGUAGUACUUGUGAACUUUUUUGAAGGCACAGGAUUGCAAGCUGCUGAUACAGCAAACAGAAAUAACAGCGGAUCUAUUGUUUUUGUGGAUCUGGCAGGGAGCGAACGAGGAUCCGAUAGAAAGGACAUGACUGCAGAUGUGAAGAACGAGGGGGCCGAGAUCAACAAGAGCCUGUUAGCGCUUAAGGAGUGCAUUAGAGGAAUGGAGAAGGACAAAAGACAUCUUCCGUUCAGACAGAGCAAGCUGACACAGAUUUUGAAGAAUUCAUUUAUUGGCAUGUCUAGAACAUGCUUGAUAGCUACAAUAUCGCCAAGCCUUGACAAUGUAGAGCAUACGCUAAAUACAUUGAGAUAUGCUGCAAGAAUAAAAGAGGGAACAUAUCAAGGAAGCAAAGUAGUGCAGUCACCCGGUAAGAAAGCCACAGUGCAUUUGAAACAGCCAUUGCUCAUAUCACCAAAGCCUGGCUGCAAAUCUAGUGCGGAUGCAGAUAAAUGCAUGCUGCAAAAUCAAAUAUCAAAUGCUAAGCAUCAAGGAAUUGUUUCUGAUAUCAUUAAGGUAUUGAGUCAGGUUGAUUCAAAUAUACUGGCUAUUGAAGACUUACGCCAGUUAGAAAAAAUACUCGAAGUGUGUAAAGCGAUCGGAAAUAAGCAAAAUGCAUAG